AUGUACCAAAAACUUGAUCCUCCCUCUCGAAGCAAAACCAGUGAAGCCAUCUUAUUGUGUUCGAGCACUCUUGUGGCUUUAGAUAACCUAAACAGUUCAGAGGAAGUCGACUACUUUGAUGGGGUGUUCAAUUACUUGAAUAAAAUGCUCAUGGAAGAAGAUGAUCUAACGAUAAGGCCUUGCAUGUUCAUAGACAGCUUGGCUCUCCAAGCUACCGAAAGAUUGUUUCAUGAUGUUCUUGUCGAUAAUCCUCCACGCACUGAAGAAACCGAACAACUGGAAGCAUAUGAUUCUGCAGUUCUUUGUGAAGAUGUUAACAAUCUUUGGCUAGAGUCCAAGGCGUAUCCGGGUUCUUUUCCUGAGUUGACUGACGGUAAUGUGAAGAAGAAAAGGAAAAAGAAGGUGGAUGAGAUGAUGGAUUUGACGGAGUAUUUAAUCCAGUGUGCAGAAGCAAUGGCUAGAGGUGAUACAAACAAGGCUGUUCAUAUCCUGGAGAAGAUACGAAAACAUUCAUCUCCUCAUGAAAGUUCCUCAAAGAGAAUGGCUCACUACUUUGCAAACGCCAUUGACGCACGCUUGAGUGGCUCAGGAGCAGAAAAAUACCGAGCAUUUUCCUCCGCCACCACAUCAGCCGCUCAAAUCUUGAUGUCUUACAAGGCAUACAUCACUGCAUGCCCGUUCCAUAGGAUGUCCAACAUAUUUGCAAACAAGUCCAUUGCAAAACUAUCAAAUGGUAGUGAUAAGCUACACAUAAUUGAUUUUGGCAUCUUGUAUGGAUUUCAAUGGCCUUGUCUCAUAGAGGGUCUCUCUCUACGACCCGGUGGACCUCCUAAGUUACGCAUCACUGGAAUUGAUCUUCCGCAGUCUGGUCUUCGACCCGCGGAGCGGAUCGAAGAAACAGGCUGCAGACUUAUGGAAUACGCGAAGAGAUUUAAUGUCCCUUUCGAGUACCACUCGAUUGCUAAAAAUUGGGAAAACGUUCGGAUUGAGGAUUUGGAGAUUGAUCCCGAGGAGAUGCUUGUGGUGAAUAGUAUAUACCGGAUGAGGAAUGUAGUUGAUGAGAGUGUGGUGGAGAAUCAGCCGAGGGACUCGGUGCUUAAUUUUAUCCGGAGGUUAAACCCCGACAUGUUUGUACACGGUGUCUUGAAUGGAACAUAUAAUACAACCUACUUUCUUACAAGGUUUCGAGAAGCGGUGUUCCACUUCGCGACACUUUUUGACAUGUUUCAGGCAACUGCAGAGAAUGAUGAUGAGGAUCGGAAGUUGUUUGAGAAAGAGGUUUUUGGGAGGGAUAUAAUGAAUGUGGUUGCAUGCGAGGGGAGGAGUCGUGUUGAGAGGCCUGAAAUGUACCGGAAAUGGGGAAUGAGGAACUUGAAAGCCGGGUUCCAACAACUUGAAUUGGAUUCGGAUCUUGUGAAUGAAGUAAUGUCAAAAGUAGAGAAACAAUAUCAUAAAGAUUUUGUGGUUCAUGAAGACAAUAGUUGGAUGUUGCAAGGUUGGAAGGGGCGAGUCCUUUACGCACUUUCCUUUUGGACACCCGCGAAGAGGGAAUAA